AUGGAGAAGGAGAGGGAGAAGAGCAGGCAUUCAGGCUCUCAGUUCUUUGAAGGAGACUUUGUGUCUCUGAGCUGUGAGGAGGACGACAGCUCUGCUGGAUGGACUCUGAGGAGAAACACAAGCAAACGACAGAGGACUCAGUGUGGAGAUGGGUGGGGAAAACCAGCUGGUUCUUUCUGUAAGAUCAGAUACAUGUAUCCAUGGGACGAUGGAGUUUACUGGUGUGAGUCCAGAGAGGGUCCCAUCAGUAACAUGGUUAACCUGACAGUCACUGGUGGAUCAGUGAUCCUGCAGAGUCCUGUCCUCCCUGUGAUGGAGGGAGAUGACGUCACUCUGCUCUGUAAAACAAAGACCACUCCCUCCAACCUCCCAGCUGCUUUCUAUAAAGAUGGCUCCCUCAUCAGGAAGCAGCCUACAGGUCACAUGACCAUCCAGCAUGUUUCCAGGUCUGAUGAAGGCCUCUACAAGUGUGACAUCAGCGGUCAUGGAGAGUCUCCAUCCAGCUGGAUCACUGUCACAGUCUGUGUUGUGGUUCUACUGGUGUUACUGGUUCUGCUGGUGAGACGAUGUGUUCACAGGACACCUGACGAGGUCAAGCAGUUAAGAGGUGAGGCCAGAAUACGCAUGAUGAUGGGACUGUCGUGGCUGUCAAUCAACCUGGGAGAUGCGGGCUGGUUGAGUGGUGGAAGAAUGAGCUCUGCUUGA